CCUUUCAUGCGUUUGCGAAGACGUUAGAUGAUAGAUACACUUAUCUUAUGAAACAGCCAAGAUAUUGUGGGACCAAACACUAUGGUUAUCAUAGAUCCCAAGAUUAUUUGACUCCAACAAUCACAUUUUGGCUAAAAGUGUCCAAAUUCACAACCACUUGCCACGAAUUUGUUUCCAUGCAAAACACUAUGUGGUUUAUAGAGAGCAUCGGCUCUUAAUCAUCCAACCAUACAUCUGUUAAGUUAAAGCUGAAUCGCUCACUUCCCUGUGAAAUCACUUAUUAGACCCAAAACGCUGAAAACCCGAACAGAAACAAGGAGGAGAGAAGCUGAUGGAGAAUAAUGGGUCAGUACUUAGAAACCCAGAAGCGGAAUUGGCUUCUCGAAUCACAAUCAAAGGGAUUCUAAGUUUGUUAAUGCAAUCUGUCGAUGAAAAAGACGGAAAAAGAGUGAUUUCGUUGGGGAUUGGAGACCCAUCUGCUCAUUCUUGUUUCAAGACCACCCAUGUUGCUGAAGAUGCUGUUUCUGAUUCUCUUCACUCUCAAAAGUUUAAUGGGUACGCUCCAACUGUUGGGAUUCUUCAAGCAAGAAGGGCAAUUGCUGAAUAUUUGUCUCGUGAUCUUCCUUACAAGCUAUCACCUGAUGACAUUUUUAUCACUUCCGGUUGCACACAAGCGAUUGAUGUUUCAUUGGCAAUGCUUGCUCGCCCUGGUGCAAAUAUCUUGCUUCCGAGACCAGGCUUUCCGAUCUAUGAACUAUGUGCCACUUUUCGGAAUCUUGAAAUUCGACACUUUGAUCUUCUUCCAGAAAAAGGCUGGGAGGUAGAUCUUGAUGCUAUUGAAGCUUUAGCAGAUCAGAACACUGUUGCAAUAGUUAUCAUCAAUCCUGGGAAUCCCUGUGGAAAUGUAUACUCUUAUCAACAUUUGAAGAAGAUUGCAGAAACUGCAAGCAAGCUUGAAACCCUUGUGAUUGCUGAUGAGGUUUACGGGCACCUGGCCUUCGGACGUAAUCCGUUUGUGCCAAUGGGUGUCUUUGGAUCAGUUGUCCCUGUCCUCACUCUCGGCUCUCUAUCAAAGAGAUGGAUAGUGCCUGGAUGGAGACUUGGUUGGUUUGUCACAAGUGAUCCUGGUGGCAUGUUCAGAAAACCCAAGACUGUUGAGCGUAUCAAGAAGUAUUUUGACAUUUUGGGUGGACCUGCUACUUUCAUCCAGGCAGCUGUACCUCGCAUCAUUGAGCAAACUAAUGAGGGUUUCUUCAAGAAGACUAUUGACUUACUGAAGCAGACUUCAGACAUGUGUUGCGAAAUGAUAAAGGAGAUCCAUUGCAUAACUUGUCCUCAUAAACCAGAGGGAUCAAUGGCUUUUAUGGUGAAGCUGAAUAUUUCGCUAUUGGAGGAUAUCAGUAGUGACAUUGAUUUCUGUUUCAAGUUGGCCAAGGAGGAAUCCAUUAUCAUUCUUCCAGGAACUGCAGUAGGACUGGAGAAUUGGCUCCGGAUAACGUUUGCUGUCGAUCCAUCUUCUCUCGAAGAAGCCCUAAAAAGGGUAAACUUUUUCUGUCAAAGGCAUAUCAAGCAAAAACCUGCUCUGACAAUCAAAUCCAGCAAAGUAACAACUACCAAAUAACUUUAAUGUCAAGCACUCUUUGUUCUUGGUGGUUUUAUCUUUAGACCCUUGUACAAUGAUGGCCAAAUAUGAUUUUUGUUCAAAGCCAGCCUCCAAAUACUUGAAGGAUGGCUAGAAGCAUCAUGGCUAGAUAAUACAGACAAAUAAUUCAAGCAUGAAUGAAGAAGCAUGGGGUACUUGAGUAUUACUAUUUUGGCA